AUGGGUACUUUAUUUGAUCCCAAAUAUCAUAAGAGUAAGGACAUUCUUGAACCUAUUCUCUAUACCAUUGAUUACAAACCAUCCAAAUUAGCAGCAGUUGGAGAGACUAUUGUGAGCUUUUUCAAGAGCUUUACAAAAUCAACACCCAAUGAAAAGGAUUUGAAUGACCUAUUUUGGAAAAUAUGUUCUCAAUUACAAAGAGAGGAUUUAAAUAUUGUGAAAAAUAUCAUUGUUGCUCCACCAACAGUAAUCUCCUCAGCAACAACAACAAGUAGUAGUGCAUCUCAACCACCACUCGAUCAUGAAAAAACAAUCAUUUCAACCUUCCUUUCAAGUGAACUUGCGAAACCACUUCCUUUACCACCCUCUCAGAAAAUGUCAACGACAUGGCAAUCAGACACUAUUAAUAGUGGUAGUAGUAGUAGUAGUAGUAGUAGCACGAAUAUCACAAGUGCAAAGCAAGCACAACAGCAACCAAGAAAUGUUGUUGAUAAGAGAGAGCUUUUACUUGGACCACAGAAUGAUAAUACAAUGUUCAAUGAACAAAGAAUGUUAGGUUCAGAUAGUGCAUCCAUGAAAAGAUCUGAAUUAAAUCAAAGAUUGGAAGAAACAAAACAACAAAUGCAAGAAAAUUUAAGAAAAUUGAAUGAACGUGAAGAGAAAUUAAGAGAAAUUAAGGAAAAAACAAAUGAACUAAGUUCAGCAGCCAAGUCAUUUGGAGCGAAUGCUCAAAAGUUGACAGAGAAAUCAAAAGGAUUCUGGUUCUAA